GCCGAGCGCUCUACCAGUAAUAAACACUUACACCACCUGACAUCAUUGAAUCCGUAUUUCCUUAAACAACGUUCUAAGAACUAUUAACCCCUCAGCAGGUCUCUGGCGAUAUUGAUUGUAACUGAUGGCUCGCUCUGCCAUAUCCAAGAUGACUUGGGAUAAACAUCUCCUACGGUCCGUGCAGAACGCACCUCCUGCGAGUCUGCCAGUCUUCAUCUAUGGCACUGCAUGGAAGAAAGACCGAACGGCAGACUUAGUGUACCAGGCUCUCAGCGCUGGCUUCCGCGCCGUAGACACUGCAGCUCAGCCAAAGCAUUACCGGGAAGACUUGGUAGGAGAGGGUAUACGCAAGGCUAUCCGGGACGGCAUGGUUCGACGGGAGGAUCUCUAUAUUCAAACCAAAUUUACAUCGGUCCAUGGGCAGGAUCCCGAUGAUAUGCCCUAUGAUCCCAACACCUCCGUGACGGAGCAAGUCCAUGCCUCUAUCCAGUUAUCUCUAGAGCAUCUUCGUGAAUCAGAUUCCCUGGACAGCGUCAACGACGCACAUAUCGAUAUGCUCAUUCUUCAUUCCCCACUUCCGACAAUGUCCCAAACGUUGGAGGCGUGGUCCACGUUUGAGACCUAUGUCCCCCAUCGAAUCCGCAACCUAGGCAUAUCCAAUUGUACCUUGCCUUUGCUUCGGGAACUAUCCUCACUGGUCAAAGUGAAACCGGCGGUUGUCCAGAAUCGCUUCUAUGUGGGCACGCAGUUCGACGUCCCGUUGCGCUCAUAUUGCCGUGACACACACAUCAUUUACCAGAGCUUCUGGACCCUGACAGCAAAUCCAGAAUUAGUUCAAUCGGAUGUAGUCCAAUCGCUAGCAAGUCGUGCAGAGAUCAGUCCUGCCGCAGCCCUGUAUUGCCUCGUUUUAAGCCUAGGAAACACCACAUUGUUGAACGGGACGAGAAACAGAAGCCGCAUGGAAGCAGAUUUGGCUGCUCUUGAGAAAAUAGAGAGAUUCUCUCAGGGGCAUCCGGACACGUGGCAAAUGGUACACGAGAACUUCCAACAAUUGAUUGGAGAUCAUGUUGCGCUCUAAUGAAGUAGUGUUCUCUUCUGUAAGUGCAAAACUUACAUUAGGGUUGCGCUCGUUGUCACACUGUCGAUGCGCAUCUAAGUUCAAACGGUGAUCCAUGGAAUCUAGUGGAAAUUCAAUGAAGCAUCUAGAGCGGACAAAGAUUGCUGUGCAUGAAGUUUUUGCACCAAAAUAAGAACGAUGCCACUGUAGGGAAAUGAAAGCUGAUUGGCGGUUUGCCUGAAGGUGGAUCGGUGGGCAUUCCGCGUUAACUAAAGCGCGUGUACUAGAGUAGUAGGCAUUUAGGAAAUCAGGGAAAUUGAAACGGUCAGCUUCAGAGCGAGAAGAAAUUAUUCACAUCCCAUAGCCCCGGUAGAGAG